AUCAAAUUCUCCACCAAAGAAAAAUCUCACGAUUUUAUAUCAUACCAAUGACCUCUAUAGUCAAUGUUAUGAUCAGUCCAAUGGUUACUACAAAUCUCGUUACCAAAUUCAAAACUCCACGUCUCAAACCUGAUCUGCCUUCUCUACAACAUUCCGGGUACAAUGCAAUCAAGAAUGAUCCAAGAAAAAGAAUGAUGAACAAGUAUGCUUCUUCAAGGAGAAAGAUUGUGGUUUCAUGUUUAGAUCGACCUAAUUCUAGUCCGAAACAAUUCUCCGGAUACGAUGCUGUUAUGAAAUUUUAUUCGUCUAUUAACGAGAAGAAUAAAGAUCGAUUGAGUAGUUGCAUCUCUAAAGAUUGCUUCAUAGAUGAUUUCUCCUUCGCUAAACCUUUACGGGGGAAAAACGAAGCGAUGAAGUUCUUUGAAGAACUGGUGAAGAGUAUGGGACAAAACGUAAAAUUUUGUGUUGAAAAUGUGUGUGAAGGAGAUGGAUAUACUGUUGCUGUUAAUUGGCAUCUUGAAUGGAAAGGACGAAAAAUCCCCUUUACAAGAGGAUGUAGCUUCUAUGAAUUUACAGAAGAAGGGGGGAAAUUGGUUAUAAGAACGGCAAGGAUUUUGAUUGAGUCUCCAAUUAAACCGGGAGGAAUCGCAUUGACUCUGUUAAAGAACAUAACGUUUUUGUUCGACGAAUUCCCUCAAGUCGCUGAAUGGUUUUUAGCGAAGCCUUAUGCUAUCAUUCAAUUAAUAUUAAGAAUGUAUGGUCUGUUUUUGGCGCCACUUGUAGGCCAAAUAUUGACAAGCUAUGUGAAGCUAUUAAACAAUACGGCCGAGUUCUUCUUAUUGGUCUUGAAAAUAAUCAUUAAAAUUCGAAGUCUCUUCAUUAAAUAGAAGAAAUGAGGAUCACAAGGUUUUUUAAAUCUUUGUUUUUCCUUAGACUAGUUAUAUUUUACUAUUGUGAGUAACAAUCUUUUGAUAUAUUGGUUGUUUCGAGCGAAUUUCCGAACCUCUUUUGUUCCAAUACUCAGAGGGUUUAAGAACAGACACAACAUAAAUUCACGACGAUUUUCAAUCUUAUUUCCUCACGCAUGCUCAUCUCUUGGUAUGGAG